AUGGCUCCCCUGGCGCACGGACUUCCAGCCGACAGCUCCAAGCUUAACUGCCAGCCUGCAUCGACUUUCUUUAUGCGGAGCUCCAACAAAGUCCACGAUAAUCCUUCCUAUUCACCCACCACUACCAUGUCGAUAGCACGCGCGAGGGCCUUGAAAGGCCUUCAAUCCGCCUUUCGAUCCUCAACCGGCCGCGCAACACCCAGAGUCUCCGCUCCUUCACGAACAGCGCUCCGCGUCGGCAGACGCUACGCCAGUGGUGGAGACAGCCAUGGAGCACCCGCACCCGACUGGCCAUGGGCCGCCGGUGCCGUUGUAGUCACCAUCCCGGCAUGCUGGUAUCUAUGGCCGAGCACGCAUGCCGACGCCGGACAUCACGGUGAUCACGACGAGCAUGCCGAGCACGCUGAGGGCGGCGAGGAGCAUCAUGAGGAGGAGGAGAAGGAGGAGGCACCUCAAGCAGACACGGCACCCGGCGAAGAAGCACCGAAGCCGGAAGGUGAGGAGUCUCAAGAGCAGGGCGAGCAAAAGGACGAGUCUGAGGAGCAAGGUGAGAAGAAGGAGGAGUCUGAGGAGCAAGGUGAGAAGAAGGGGGGUCCUGAGGAGCAAGGCGAAGAGAAAGAGGAGUCCGAAGCCGACAAGCCCUCAAAGCGUGCUCAGCCUUCGAAGAGCAUAGAAGAAACUGACCAACCAGCCGGCGUCGAGGGUCAGGGCAUGCCGAAGACAUCAGACGCGAACAAGAAGUCUGAGCCGGACGAGGGUAGUGAACCGAAGGAAGGCGGACCUUCAAACACGGGCGGCGCACAGUUCAAGGGUGGCGUGAGGGAGGACUCACCGGGCUCAGGUGACGAGCGCAAACGCGAGCCGGACAGCAAGGGCGCGUACAAGAAGCGUAUCGACUCGGGACUGCAAAAGAAUCUGGGCGGAAACGACGAGCAGUUUGACGAGAAGGGCAAGGAGACGGCUGCAUCCGCCAAACCACCAAGGAAGGGCUCCGAGGGCGAGAUCAGCGGCAAGCAGGCAGGUCUAUCCAACACGCCUACCCGCCAUUCGUUGCAGAUUGACAAGCAUGACGACGCGUCAACAAAGCCGGAGGGUACCCCGGACACGGCGAAGAGUAUGGGCACGGUUGACCCGAGUCGGCCGGCGAAGUUUACAAAACAACUUCAGUAUAUUGAUGAUUCAACAAGUGGAGGUGUGAGCGACAAGUCACUUCUAACGGCGAAUUUCGAACGGCCGACAUGGAUCGGUCACCGCUCAGGCAAAUUGCCACCGGAGCUGAGAAACCGCAUCUACGAGCUAGUCCUAUGCUGGCACGGCGCUAUAGUGCUUGAACCAGUCUCGUUCUCUCCGCGCACGAAGUUGGUGACAGCACAAGGACCAUAUGUCGCAAUUACUGCCACUUGUCGCCAGACCAGGACCGAGUCACUACCUAUUCUUUAUGCGCUCAACGAAUUCGAGCUCAAUACGCAGGCACUCCUCACGCUUUGCGACUCGCUGGAAACGAGCGAUGCCAAAGCGAUCAAACUCCAAUGCACACUCGAUCACGUGCAUAAUUUCUGCGUCCGAAUCCACUCUGCCACCAAGGGACGCCAUCGACCCGUCACCGUCACGCUUCCCUCCAUACGUGCGCGAGUUUGCUUCCCUCACGGACCCGGGCUCAUCCUGAGCUCGCUUCACAGCAGCCUCGCUCAUUGUGGACAGGCGGUGGGCAAUGUCUGCUACAAGCUUUUGAUGGAGUUGCCCAUGAAGAUGUCCGGAGUCGCGGAUGAAGAAGCAAGCACCCAAGCGGACCUUGCGGAAAGCUUUCGAUUGUCCAAGCCACCUUACGGCACGAAGACUACAGUGGGGCAAAGAGCUCGCCAAUGA